AAAUGUGUCAAAUCAGCACUUGCUGUGUAAAAAACAUUUGUUGGCAAGUUUUCAGGCGUUUUGAAUGGGUUAUUUCUAUGAUCAUUCGACAAGUUAUCUAAACUGGACCUGGUAACCCUGAAUAUCGACCUCAUUACGUUAGUCCACGAUUGCGCAUUGACAAUUUACCGCUGAUGCAAGAAGUGUCGGCGAAUUGAAGUGAGACUGAUCUUGGGAUAAAAAAAAAAACUUCCUCGAUCGUUCUUGUUCUUUCCGCAAACAUGUCAGGAGACGAAAUGAUAUUCGACCCCAACAUGACCAAGAAGAAGAAGAAGAAGAAGAAGAAGAAGCCUUUCAUGCUGGAAGAAGAAGGUGGAGACGGAGUGGCAGAGGACACACAGCAGGUAGAGGCCAAGGAGGUGGAACCUGACGGUGGGGAGGACAGAGAGUUCGACCUGGACGAGGACGAGGGAAGGAAGAAAGAGCAAUCCGACGAUCUUGAUGACCUGAACUUUUUCAACCAGAAGAAAAAGAAGAAGAAGCCCAAGAAAGGGUUUGAUAAUGACAUUGAGGAGGGGAUAAAGGAGCUGAAAAUUGAAGAAGAGCAGAGCGAGGCAGCGGAAGAGGAAGACUUGGAUCUUCAGUUGCCAGCAAAGAAAAAAAAGUCCAAGAAGGUUGACUUCCAGGAGGAAGGAGAGAUACUUGAGAAGGACGAUGGCCUCGAGGACGAUGAGGGGGGAAAAAAUGAUGGCAUCUCAUUCAGCUCCCAGUCUGGUCCGGCGUGGUUAGGGACAGACAGAGACUACACAUAUGAUGAGCUGCUGAACCGUGUCUUCAACAUCAUGCGGGAGAAGAACCCUGACAUGGUGGCCGGAGAGAAGAGAAAGUUUAUUAUGAAGCCCCCUCAGGUGGUCCGAGUGGGCACCAAGAAGACCUCGUUUGUCAACUUCACUGAUAUCUGUAAACUGUUGCAUCGUCAGCCAAAACAUCUUCUGGCAUUUUUAUUGGCUGAGCUGGGGACAAGUGGCUCCAUAGAUGGAAAUAAUCAGCUUGUGAUCAAAGGAAGAUUUCAACAGAAACAGAUUGAAAAUGUCUUGAGAAGAUAUAUUAAGGAAUAUGUGACGUGUCACACGUGUCGCUCCCCUGACACCAUCCUACAAAAGGACACCCGUCUCUACUUCCUCCAGUGUGAGACCUGCCACUCGCGCUGCUCCGUGGCCAGCAUCAAGACUGGCUUCCAGGCUGUCACGGGCAAGAGGGCACAGCUCCGUGCCAAAGCCAACUAAGGCCAACCCAACCCUGGCUUCUCCCUCUCUGACCCGCCGGAGCUUUGGAUCCUAUUGAUAACUGGACUUUUGUUUGGAGUCUGAGAGGGUUUGUUGUUGUCGCUGCAUUAUGUGAGAGAGAAACGCUACAAGCUCUGAGGAUCGAAGUUCUUGCAGGUCAUAAGGAGCAGUGCGCAGAUGCAUAAGGUUUCACAUGCAAACACCCAUUUUUCUCUUUUCUCAGCUGAGGGAAGAUUCUUUCAGAGCUUCUCUAUUCCCUCCAAGUGUGUCUUCUUCCCACAUUUCUUCAAUCGUAUGUAGCCCACAUAUCGGAUCAUAAAGACAAAGCUGUUAUGACAAAGUAA